GAGCGCGUCAGACGCCGCUAGUGGACUGCUGCAGUCUGGACUCUGGAGCCGCGUGGAAACACUGCACACCUCUUUUAGUUCAUAACGCAAAGGUGGCGGGUCCGAAUCACUGCUCUCUUUGAUUUGUCCUCCUCCAUCGUUGUCAAACUGGUUUAUUCACUCUAUUCUCGCCAUGGCCAACAAAGAGGAGAAAGCUGACGAGAAACAGUCGAGUUGGAAAGAUUUUUUCUACAACCCUCGGACGGGGGAAUUCAUCGGGCGCACCGCGAGCAGCUGGGCUCUUAUAUUCCUCUUCUAUCUGGUCUUCUAUGGCUUCCUGGCGGGGAUGUUCACUCUCACCAUGUGGGUGAUGCUACAGACGCUGGAUGAACACACUCCCACAUACAGGGACCGAGUGGCCAAUCCAGGGCUGAUGAUCAGACCGAGGUCCUUGGAAAUUAAAUAUAACCUAUCGAUUCCCCAGGAAUACAGCAAGUACGUGCAGCCCCUGGAGUUGUUCCUGCAGCCGUACAAUGACUCUCUGCAGGAGGCAAACGAGGCCUGUCCCGAGGGUGUGUACUUUGAGCAAGACGACGUUGAGGUGAAGAAGGUUUGCCAGUUCAAGAGAAGUGUGCUAGGGCAUUGCUCUGGACUGGAUGAUUUCGGUUAUUCCAAGGGUCAGCCAUGCAUCCUAGUCAAGAUGAAUCGAGUGAUUGGGCUUAAGCCACAAGGAAACCCCUGUAUCAGCUGCAAAGCCAAGAGAGAAGCUCCUCUGCAGAUGCAGUAUUUCCCCGCUGAGGGCAAACUCGACAAGAGUUACUUCCCCUAUUAUGGCAAGAAAUUGCAUGCACAGUACGUGCAGCCGGUGGUGGCCGUGAAGCUGAUGCUGAUGGAGGAAGACUAUAACUCUGAGCUCACCGUCGAGUGUAAGGUGGAGGGUUCGAAUCUGCUCAACAGCGACGAGCGAGACAAGUUCCUGGGCCGCGUCAUGUUCCGCGUCUCCGUGUCCAAGUAGCCCAGAGCCUUCGCCAGGGGCACACGAUGUCACUUCCUCUCACGUCCAUCACGUCCAUAUCACACUCCCCUCGUCCCCAGAGUUUAAUCAGCCCUUCACACGUCAAGUUCAAGAGCAGCUGGAUGCACACAGACCUCCUCUGGCUCUGCGUCACGGACGGGCCAGGGGUGGACACGUGCAUGUGUGUGGAGCUUAAUGAAGGUUUUAAUUCACUGAUUCGCUCAUUUAUCAUAAAACAAAAUGAUUGAAAUACAAUUCAAAGGUAAAAGACAAGGAGAGAAGCUCGAGUCAUCGUGUAGAGUAGUAAGUGUAGGGACCUGUAAAUAGAUGCAUCAACACAUCAUGUGUGUGUGUGUGCUCUGCUCCCUCAUAGUCCUGUUCAGCCUGCCGUGUGUGUGUGUGUGUGUGUGUGUGUGUGAUGUCAAGCCUCUGUGUACAUAUUUAAUGGAUUUUAAACACUCUUUUUCUCUGUCAUUACUCACAUUGUCUGACUGCUGUAAGAAAUCAAGAGUAUGAAAUUAUAUAAUAGCUGUAAUUUAAGAUUAUUGAGAAGUGAAAAUAAUAAGGGUGGGGGGGUUGAACACCAAAAAACCUCUAUAUAUCAAACCUGGUUUGAGACCCGUCCACCGUCUGAGGGAAAGGAGUUUUUUAAACCUCUGCAGAAACUGUUCUUUGUGCAGAUGCCUUACGAUCUGUAUGAGUUAAAAAAUAUUGAAAUAAAAUUUGAUUUUAAACGAC